AUGCUGCCGACCCGCGCCCUCCGCCUCCGCAACAGCUUCGUGGACCGCCUGCGCGUCGAGCUGGCCGAGAUCGAGGCCGCCGGCACGUACAAGCGCGAGCGCGUGAUCGCGUCCCCGCAGGGCGCCGAGAUCUCGGUGGGCGGCGACGCCGUGCUCAACUUCUGCGCCAACAACUACCUGGGCCUGAGCAACCACCCGGCGGUGGAGCAGGCGGCCGCCGACACGCUCAAGGAGCGCGGCUUCGGGCUCAGCUCCGUGCGCUUCAUCUGCGGCACGCAGGACAUCCACAAGCAGCUGGAGUCCGCCAUCUCGGCCUUCCACGGCACGGAGGACACGAUCCUGUACCCGUCGUGCUUCGACGCCAACGCCGGACUCUUCGAGGCCGUGCUCAACAAGGACGACGCCAUCCUCACGGACGAGCUCAACCACGCCAGCAUCAUCGACGGCAUCCGGCUCUGCAAGGCCGAGCGCCACCGCUUCAAGCACAUGGACAUGGCCGACCUCGAGCAGAAGCUCAAGGACACGCAGCACUGCCGCACGCGGCUCAUCGCCACGGACGGCGUCUUCAGCAUGGACGGCGACGUGGCCCCGCUGCAGGAGAUCGUGGCGCUGGCCGAGAAGUACGACGCCCAGCUCUUCAUCGACGAGUGCCACGCGACCGGCUUCUUCGGACCCACGGGACGCGGCAGCGACGAGUACUGCGGCAUCAGCGGCAAGGUGGACGUCAUCAACUCGACGCUGGGCAAGGCUCUGGGCGGCAGCACGGGCGGAUACACCACCGGCCGCAAGGAGGUCGUGGACCUGCUGCGUCAGCGUUCGCGCCCGUACCUCUUCUCCAACUCGCUGGGCCCGUCGGUGGUCGGAGCCUCGCUCAAGGUCUUCGAGAUGCUCACGGAGUCGUCCGAGUUCGUCGACAAGAUCCGUGCCAACACACACCACUUCCGCGACCGCAUGACUGCUGCCGGCUUCACGCUCAAGGGAUCUCGCGACCACCCGAUCGCCCCUGUGAUGCUUGGCGAUGCCCGUCUUGCCUCCGAGCUGGCUGACGACAUGCUCAAGCGCGGCAUUUACGUUAUCGGCUUCAGCUACCCGGUCGUGCCCAAGGGCCAGGCGCGUAUCCGUGUCCAGCUUUCGGCUGCUCACAGCAUUGAGGACGUCGACAAGGCCGUGGACGCUUUCAUCGAGUGCGGCAAGGCGCGUGGUGUCAUCAACUAG